AUGAAUCCCCUCUCACAGUCGCGCUCCAUUCCUCUGGCAGAAGGAAUAUGCCGUACCGUGUCGGUCAUGAACGCAGAUCACGUGAUGGUCACGCAGGAAACUUUAACGGAGCAGUUAGUGAAAAAUUAUCCAGGCAUUGCAGUUCCCUCCCACAACAUCUUUUAUAAUAUCCUUGGCACUCUAAUUAAAGAAAGGAAAAUCUAUCACACGGGAGAAGGAUACUUCAUUGUGACUCCCAACACGUACUGUACCACAAACAACGCCGCAGAAGACAACGGGCAGGUCCUGCUGGAGGAGAGUUGUUGCUGUUCAUUGCCUUCCACCACGUACCUGGUAAACAUCGAGCGCAGCGCAGACCUGCUGAAAGAAAACAUUCCUGCAGGAUCCCAUUACAGAGCGUGUUGUUUCCCUGACCACAGCGGGCUCUCUGAACAAAGACGUUGUCGGCUAAUGAACCAUGAGCCUGAUGGAGGAGGUAGGAAAAGCUGCAGUGAAUUAAAGCCUUUGAUUCCAGCUCAAGGGAUCUCCGCACCAGCUGAAACCCAUCCCUGGGACACCAUCAAAUCCCUGACAGCGGUGAAGGAGAAACUGAAAAGCAAAAUGUUUGGCCUUGGCCUUUUCUGGAGAAGUGCUUCUAAAAAAGAAAAACGUAAGAAGGAGUACUCCACGUUUUCAGCCCAGUUCCCUCCCAAGGAGUGGCCAGUCAGGGAUGAAGAUGACUUAGAGAAUAUUCCAUGUGAUAUUGAACAAGAAAUCAUCAAGCGUAUUAACCCUGCUCUUACAGUCGAUAAUUUGAUUAAACACACAAUAUUAAUGGAGAAGUUUGAGGAGCACAAAAAAUAUAUUGGUAAGGGUACCUCAGCUGAAGCAUCAGUUGUCAGGCAAAGCUGCCUUUUGAAGGAUUGUGUUCCAAAGACACAGAGUAAAACAGCAAAACACACUAGGAAAACCAAAGCAAAGGAAGAGAAGCAGAGUAACAGAAGCAGCAGGAAAUCUCACGUGUGUGACCUGACGUCCCCAAAUGAGAACCUGGAAGAAAACCUUUCUGUGAUUGUCAGAAAUCAACUGCCACCUGAGGCUGCCAUGGAAUCCCAUGUCAUAUAUAAAAAACAAAUUAAGAAUCCUUUUCAGGGUCUGUCACGGAGACGCACCUUUCAUGCACGAGGGCACAAAGGCACUGCUAUCCACCAGCUGGGGUCCAGGACUCGAAAGCAAGAAAGGGAUUUACAAAGGCCACAGUCCUUGGACUCCUCAAAAACCAAGCAGCCGGCAAGUGAAACGCAGGCUCACAGAGCAAAACAGAACAAGCUACUCCACGCUACUAGGUCUUCCCUCCAACUAAAAAAAGACAGUUUAAGUGAAAAAUUCAGUUAUCCGCAAGGCAGUACUUUGCAAAUAGAUAAUGGAAGUGAGUAUGUUCUGGAAAGUAAUAUUCCUGAAGAAAACAUCUACAGAAGAACAGUCAAAAAACAUCCUGGGGAUACUAAAAAAGCCCCUUGCUCCUACACUGAAGAUAACGGUGUGUGCAAAGAAGAUGCAAAACUUUUAUUACACCUGAAAGAGGAGUAUCACAGGUACGAAGCUGACACUCAGUUAUUAGAUCAAGCAGCAAGUGAAUUUCAAAGUGUCUGUCUUUCAUAUUACAUAGACAACGUUAACCUGGUGGAAGAAAACGGUGCCAAGUAUAGACAGAAGACUGAUAAAAAGAGUGAAUUUAUAUUUGAAUAUGACUGUGCCAGCCAUCCCGGAUCGAUGAAGCUGCGGAGUGAAGGAUUUACUGAUAACCGCCACCAUCUGUACCAAAAAGCAGGUGACGGCGACACCUGCACCUCAUUCCAUCUGGAUGACAAUUUUGAAGGCACUGAACUGUGUCACCUGGCUCCUGGCCGUGCCUCUUCAGAUACACGAGGCUACAGUAAAGCUGGGCAAAAGCUGGGGACACCAGUGUCCCCCAAAACCUGUGUGGAUAAUGCUUGUCUCUCCCAGUACAGUGCAACUGGAAUCAAACGUGACUCUGAAGAGCGCGGCUGUAGGGAGAGCACUCGCUUUGCAGAAUCCACAGAUGACUCGAGGCACCCAGAACUGGAUUUCGCAGGAGGAAGCUGUUUGUGCAGUCAGGUUCUCCUGACAGGUCGCAGAAAGGAGGAAGAAAAUGGCCCGGCUGAAGGUGUGGGGGCGUCAGCUGAAGCAGGUUUCUGCCACACUAACGAGGCCAACGCCGGCGCUCCUCAGAACUUCACCUGUGCCUUGGGCUCGCGGACUGAAGAAACAGGAAACUCUCUGGGAAAGAGCGAUGUGUUUUUUAAGAACGCGUGUGUUGUGAUGCCAGGACAGAAAUACUCGGAAGGGAUGGAAAACCACAGCGUUACAGGAGACAGUGGAAUUGACUCCCCAAGAGGGACUGAAACGAAGAUGAAGCUUCCUGCCAAGUUCUGA